AUGCUUCCACGUCUAUUCUCGAACACAACACACGAUGACUUCUUCAGAUAUGGCUACGAUGCAACUGCCAAAGAGAUCUAUUAUCACCCGCCAUUGUAUGACGAUUUCUUUGGUGAAGAAGACACGACAAUCACCUGCGAGAUAGAUCUUUGCGAAUAUGAUGGUGCGUCGUGCCACGAAGGCGGGGACGAGGCCGACGGCGCACUUGCCCGCCGCGAGGUCCAAUGGUAUCAAGAGCGGGAUGUACUCCAUCAUCUUCAAAAAUGUGCCAAGGAGAAAGAACUGAAAUUCAAAUGCACAGAUUUGGCCGGGGCGACGCGAGUCUUUGUCUAUAAAAGAUUUGCUUAUCCAGGAUCAGGCCAAUGGUUACCCAAGGGGAACGAGGAUCCAGAUCCCAGAAAACACACUGCGCUCAGUCAAGCCGUGGUCAACAAAGACAAAGCUGAUUGUAAAAACACUCAAAUUGAGGAGCGAGAAGCGGCAACUACAGAACUCAAACCUGGCACAGAUGGCUCGGAUCCUGAAAUCAACACCGACCAUGUGAUUGCAGUAAAGGAAAUUGGUCAAUUUUUGCAAUGGGCUAUACAGAGGGGAUGUGCUAUUGAUUGCAACUUCCUUGUGGAGUUUUUCAAUCAAGAUGUCAUCCCGCACGAUGCGGCCAAGACUCCUGGCCACAGCGAAGUCUUGCGAAAGCCUAUUGAUCGGAUCAUGGAGCAACUUGGCUCUGAUUCCAACGUGGAUCUUUACCGACUAACGUAUCGAAUCUUGAACAAGCUGAAAGGCGAUCUUUGGGACAGUGCAGAGGGUGUAGCAACCGGCAUGUAUAGCAACACGCGUUGGAAGACCUUGCGUAAGGAUGAUGAUCCUGGAAAGGCUUUGACACUGCUACGAGACACAUUUGCCGUCUUCAAUGAUCAAAAUGCGGAAAACACCUUGAAAAGAUUCAAUGUGAUCUACGAAGGCAUUCACAAGGAGUUAGACCUGGCUGCUGUGGCAUGGUUCGAAAAAUCUCAUAAGGAGGUUGACCUGGGAUCAAGAUGGGUGAGAUCUAUAGCAAUGGGUAUGAAGCAGAGGUUGUAG